AUGGACUCGCGGGUGUCGGAGCUGUUCGGGGGCUGCUGCCGGCCCGUGGGGGGCGGCGGGGCGCUGCGCGGCCGCGGGGGGGCGGGGGCCGGCGGGGGCUCCAAGGGGAAGAAGAAAAGCGGGAGGAACCGGGGCGGCAAGGCCAACAACCCGCCCUACCUGCCGCCGGAGGCAGAAGAUGGGAACAUAGAAUACAAGCUGAAGCUGGUGAACCCCUCGCAGUAUCGCUUUGAGCACCUGGUGACACAGAUGAAGUGGCGGCUGCAGGAAGGCCGGGGUGAGGCUGUCUACCAGAUCGGCGUGGAGGACAAUGGGCUACUGGUGGGCCUGUCAGAAGAAGAGAUGCGUGCUUCCCUCAAGACAUUGCGCCGGAUGGCUGAAAAGGUUGGAGCUGACAUCACCAUCCUGCGGGAGCGUGAGGUAGAUUAUGACAGCGAUGUUCCCAGGAAGAUAACAGAGGUUCUUGUCCGGAAGGUCCCUGAUAACCAGCAGUUCCUAGACCUGCGAGUGGCUGUGCUUGGGAACGUGGAUUCAGGGAAGUCAACGCUGCUGGGUGUCCUGACCCAGGGUGAGCUGGAUAAUGGGCGGGGCAGAGCCCGCCUCAAUCUCUUCCGGCACCUCCAUGAGAUCCAGUCAGGGAGAACAUCCAGCAUCAGCUUUGAGAUCCUUGGCUUCAAUAGCAAAGGAGAGGUGGUGAACUACAGUGACUCACGGACAGCAGAAGAGAUCUGUGAGAGCUCCUCCAAGAUGAUCACUUUCAUUGAUCUGGCUGGCCACCACAAGUACUUGAAAACCACCAUAUUCGGCCUCACCAGCUACUGCCCAGACUUUGCCAUGCUGGUGGUGAGCGCCAACACUGGCAUCGCAGGUACCACACGGGAGCACCUGGGCCUGGCCAUGGCCCUCAAGGUUCCCUUUUUCAUUGGCGUCAGCAAAGUGGACUUGUGUUCCAAAGCCACCGUGGAACGGACAGUGAAGCAGCUGGAGCGGAUCCUGAAGCAGCCGGGCUGCAACAAGCUGCCCCUGCUAGUGAACUCGGAGGAUGACGCCGUCACGGCAGCGCAGCAGUUUGCACAGUCUCCCAACAUCACCCCGAUCUUCACUCUAUCCAGUGUUUCUGGAGAGAACCUGGAUCUCUUAAAAGUUUUCCUCAACAUCCUUCCUCCUCUGACCAACAGCAAAGAGCAGGAGGAGCUGAUGCAGCAACUUACAGAGUUCCAGGUGGAUGAAAUCUAUACUGUGCCUGAAGUGGGGACUGUUGUGGGAGGAACUCUGUCCAGUGGGAUCUGCAGGGAGGGGGAGAGCCUUGUGGUCGGUCCCACUGAUGAUGGCAAGUUCCUCCAGCUGAAGGUGUGCAGCAUCCAGCGGAACCGCUCCGCGUGCCGUGUGCUCCGGGCAGGACAAGCUGCCACACUGGCCCUUGGGCCCUUUGACCGCUCCCUCCUGCGCAAGGGCAUGGUGAUGGUGAGCCCAGAGAUGAACCCCACCAUCUGCUCAGUAUUUGAAGCCGAAAUCGUGCUGCUCUUCCAUGCCACGACUUUCCGAAAGGGAUUCCAGGUGACUGUGCACGUGGGGAAUGUGCGGCAGACGGCCAUCGUAGAGAAGAUCCAUGGAAAGGACAAGCUGCGGACAGGGGAGAAGGCUGUUGUUCGUUUCCGGUUCAUCAAACAUCCCGAAUACUUAAAGAUUGGCGCCAAGCUGCUGUUCCGUGAAGGAGUCACCAAAGGUAUCGGACACGUCACCGACCUCCAAGCUAUCACCACUGAAGAGAACAGCCUGGAUGAGAGCCUGGGGCCCGGGCGUUUGACUUUCUGACUCUCACUAAGUCUGAGAGAUCUCCAGACUCCAGCAAUGGAGGAAGAGAGAGUUGAGGGGAGUUGUCCUGCCCUUCACAUGACUGGAACUGCUGCUGUCCGGUUUUAGCAUGGGUUUCUCCUCUCCACACUGUGAGGAUGGAGCCCAGGAGAUCUCCCUUUGUUCAGUACCCCUCACGGGGCAAGUUAAGCAUGUUGUCUCUGCAUCGUCUGCUGCUUUCAUUAUCCUGCCCUCCACCACAAUAGACCAGAGGCAGCCUUAGUCUGGGCAGGCGAGUCCUGGCUUUGUUUACAGUACUUUGGUGGGAAGUUCAUGGCUGAUAUGGUGCAAAGCUCCUGAGGUGCUGAGCAGCAAUGAAGGGAUGCUGCCACCUCUGUUUCAGGAUCAGUCCCAUUGCAGCUCUCUGAGCAUUGGGCCUGACCCAUACUGUGUGUGCCCCGUCUCCCAGUCUUAGGCUUUUCCCUCCAGGGCAGAGACCUUUGGGAUGGCAUAGGAGGCCCAGCUACCCAGAGUGCAGAGACUUGGUUAAACUCGGGUUCACAAACAAUAAGAACCCAAGAAAAAUUCAGGACACUUUUAGCCCUUUUAAUCUUGGUUGAUUUUAAUCCCUCGUGUGCCCCCUUCUGUGUUCAGUGGCUCCUGCUUGGCUGUCCCAGCUCUUCCGCCAAACCAGCACAAACAGGGAUCUCCUCACAGACUAGCCCCUGCCAGACGGUGACUUGAGCCCCAUGCCCAUCCUAGUGCUCGUAUCUUGUGGGUGGCUGGGGCUUCCCCCACACAUCCCAGUGCAAUCAGCCUCCUCAAGAACCUGCAUGAAGCCAGGGUCUCUGCCUCUAGCCCUCUGCUCGCUGAAGCAGCUGAGCAUCCUGCUGGCCCAAGCAGGAGGCCGUUUUGGGGAACAGAGCUGGGCCCACACCUGGGCUUGUAUCUGCUUCAGCUAAGCUCCCCUGCGGGAGGUCUCCAUUGAGUUAAUGGCAGGGCUUUGUGAUGGAUUUCCCUGUUGCAGUCAGUUUGUGCUGCAGCCCAGCUUGCU